AUGGAUAGCUCUACAAUCACAUUCAUCGCCACAUUAGUGAUAGCUUUCAUCUUCUUAAGAUGGUUCAUAUCCUCAGACGAAGAAGACGAAGCAACAAUUCAAUCAACUGCCACCAGCACAUCACCAUCUCAAUCCCAAGCUCAAGACUCACAACAUGAUGCUGAAGAACAAUCUACUCGUCAAGAACGUCUCCGCCGUCCAGUUACUAACAGCAUGAUUGAAGUUGUUCAACAAUUGGCCCCACAUUUGACUGUUGGUCAGAUCAAGUUGGAUUUGCAAAGAACUGGUUCAGUUCAAGAAACCGUUGAUAGAUUUUUGAGUGAAGGUACUUUGCCAUAUCCAGAAGGUGAAGGUCCUAAUGCAUCAAGAACUGCUAAUCCUGCGCAAGAUUCCAGAAACCAAGUGGAUAACAUCAAACCUGAAAACCUAUUGAAAAAGUAUGGAAUCAAUGAAUCAAAAUCAGAAGAAUCCACUGCCGCUGCUUCGGGGUCUUCAACAAAGGAAAAAGGUUGGUCAGAAUCUGCUGAAGAUAGAGCAAGCACUUUACAACAAAAGAAAGUUGACAUGAUUGUGAAAGCAAGAAAGAGACUAGAAUCACAAUUGAAAAAUGAACAAGAUCUAUCGAAAUUAGCUGAAUAA